AUGAAGAAGGGUACUACUACUGAUGCAGUAAAGGAACGUGAAGAGAAGAAGAAACGAAGUUCUUCGGGUAUGGAUGAAUUCAAGAAUACGCAAUGUUCAGUAACGCUGAAAAGGUUAUUGGUUCAUCCAGACGGAGUGUAUUUCAAGAAAGGAAAGGCUUUGAUGGAUUUGGAGAGGGUUCAGCGGAAGCUGUGGAACAAUUUGUACAACAAAACUGAUCGAUUUGCUUCUGAUAUCAGAACGGUGUUUCGCAAUGUCAUGUCUCAGUACCCCUCGGAGCAUCAAGUUCAUCAAACCGCCGCGAAGUUAAGCGAUAUUUUCGAGACAAAGUGGAAGAAUUUGGAGAGAAGAUGGCUACCUGAGAAGGAAAAAAAGUUAGAGAAAGAAGAGCCAAAGCCUUUGAAGUCGAAUGCAGGGGAGAAAAGAAAACAACUUUCUCAUUCAGAUUUCUCAACUGCUAUUGCCAAAGCUAGAGUUUACUUGCAAAGGAAGAAACAGAGGAAGAUGAUGCAGAAAAUGGAGAGAACAAUUUCCUUUGAUGAUGCUUUCAAGUCCUUUCAGGAUUUGGAAAAAUUGUGUGGCCAUUCCCUGACACAUUAUUGGACAAAGAAAAAUCCAUUGUUGAAGAACCUCACAGGUUUGGUUCUUAAGGAAGAAGAUUUUGAAGACAACAACUUUCUUAGUGAGGAUUUGGAAGAAGGAGAAGUUUUUUGA